AUGUUAUUUGCUGCUAUUCCAUCUAUUUGUGCAUUAAGUUCGAAUAAGAUAUCAAUCUAUAAUGAAGAAAUGAUAGUAGCUCGUUGUUUUAUAGGCUUCAUCAUAUUCAAUCGGAAGAGUUUAGGUAAUACUUUCAAAGUAACUCUCGACGGGAGAAUCCAGGAUAUUCAGGAAGAAUCGCAGCAAUUCCCCAAUCCUAACGAAGUAGUUCCUCCGGAAUCUAAUGAACAACAACAAUUACUUAGGAUCAGUUUGCGAAUUUGUGGCACCGUAGUAGAAUCAUUACCAAUGGCACGCUGUGCGACUAAGAGCGAAAAGACAGUGCAAGCUUUGUUAUGCCGAAACCUAAAUGUUAAGUCAGCAACACUUCCAAAUGCCACUUCUUCCCGUCGCAUCCGUCUUCAGGACGAUCUAGGCACAAAGUUUCACUUAUUAGUUAGGAGGAGAUUUAUCCCCGAGUGUAUCUCGAAAGCAGAAAAAAUAGAACUCGUUCGAGAGAGCUUGGUGGUCUUAAGAAUGGUUCGGGUGGGGGGUUCUCUUAAGAAUAAAUAA